UAUUAUUAUUAUUCUCGUCUCCGGUCUCCCCCCACAUUUCGUUCUCAUUGAAGAAGAUCCCCAAAUCGACAAUGGCGUCCGCUGUGAAAUCCCUAAUCCAAACCCUCCGUCGCUACAUAAAGAAACCAUGGGAAUACACGGGGCCCGCCUCUCAUCCAGAAUUCCGCCUCUCCAUCCUGAAGGCGACGGAGUACCGCCUCGCCUGUCCGGCCACCAUCACCGCCAGAGCAAUCGUGCCGACCUCUCUGCCGGAAACGGUUUUCGACAUCAAGUACUUCGCCAGAGACCAGCGCCGCAAUCGCCCCCCCAUCAAACGCACCAUUUUGACGAAAGCUGACGUGGAGAAGAUGGUGAAGGAGAAGACGUUCGGUCCGAGCGAUUUUCCCCAGCCGUACUUGACUGCAAAAAUCGUCGAGGAUGAGAAUGCCAUGGGCGGCGGGUAUCAGAAGUAAAAUUCGAUGCUUGCGAGCUGGCCAGCUUACUGGGCUGCGUAAAGUUCUUGUAGGUGAAGUUUAAAGGUCAGCCGUUUCAAGCAGCGGGUUUUUUUCUUCCUCCUCCCUAGUAAGCUUCUAUUUCAAUGUUUUCCAUCUCAUCACUGAACAUUUGAAAAAUAUCUUAAUUCAGACAAGAAGGUUUAUGCCAUGAAGUGUAACUUUGUAUCGAGUUCUUUUACCAAUAAUAUGUAAUCUUGCCUUAAUAGAAACAUUGUGCGACUUCCAUGUCGCUUUUGUAUUUUCGCAUCCCGAUUUUUGAAUUAAGGCUCAUGAUGCUUUUUCUCUGCUACAUGGAAUCCUUUUUUUUUU